CAGCACCUUCAUGACCUUCGCUACGAUGUCUCGGCUCGCGACCCGCGCCGCCUCCCGUUCAUACCUAUUCAGUACUCUGCGCGCCUCGCCAUUGCUAACCAAUGCACUAUCUUCGAAGCAGAUGCAGUGGCAGCGCUCGCCCUGUGCCGUAGCUCCUCCGCUCCUGUCUUCAAACGCCAACAGCGUCGGCUUCGUUCGAACAAAGGUGAGCGAGCGAGCGCUUCGCCGCAAGAACCUGCGCAAGAUGAAGAGUCAGAAAGGAGGCAAGGUGCCGAUGCUGAAGGACACACUGCGCAAGCUCUAUCUACGCACGCACCCGGAUCUGUUCGGACGGUAUCCGGAACAGCAGCGCGCAAACGAGGAGUCGUACAAGGAGCUUCUUGGCAUUUUGGACGCGAUCGAGAAGUAUAACGAGUUCCCUCCGGCCAAAACGCUGGUGCUUCCAUUCUUUUUGAAGACGCCGGUGGAGGGCGAAUUUAAGGAGGUGGAUUUGCAGCUCCGCACGACGGGUGGUGCAUGCAACACGCUUGUGGAGGAGGCGUUGGGUCGUUUCUUCGGCGAGUGUGGUCUUCCUGAGGUGUUCCAGUGGGGUGAGGGAAGCUGGGGUAAGGCUGUGGGCAAGGACGCUGUGGAGAACUCGAACUUGGGCUUCGACAAGGAGGAAGAAGCUCGCGAGGAGGCGGAGGCUGCGGUGACGUGUCAAGAGCAAGCGGAACAGGCUGCACCAGCCUACAACCCUGACGACGGCAAGACGACAAUGGAGGAUGCUUCAAUCGAAAAGGUUCUGGAGGAACUAAACGAGGUGUUUGAAAUCAUUGCCGCUGUGCCUCUAAUGGAUGAAGAGGAAUAUGGCGAGGUGCGAGAACACUUUGAGAAGGGUCGAGGACUGGACGAGAUUGAUGAGCGUGGGUACAGGAUCAAAGCUGGUACGCACAUGAUCUGGAAGGGUGAGCGAGACCUCAAAAAGGUGGCGUGUGGUGCAGACACCGAUUCAGCACUCAUCCUCCAGCGUAUCUUGCUCCACACGCUCAAUAUCGAAAGGAAAGUGCGUGAGAUGCUCACUAAUGGCGGUGUUGACCCCGGUGACGACGAAGAGCCGAAAGAAAGCAACAUCGCCAAUUAG